AUGCAAGAAGGUUAUUCGGGUCAAAAACGAAAAGUGCUGACCUUGUUGUACCUCUCCUUUCCCGCCUCGUUCUCGUUUCGCAUGUCGACGUGCCCUCUGGAUUGACGUCGCUUCCCUCCUUCGCACCUCAUCAAACGCUUGUUCACAACGCACACGCUUGACCAUCACCAGUCUACCGCCGCCAGCAAGAUCCUCCGAUCGGCCAACGCCCCCCGCACCGCCCCGGAUGCCGUCGAGCUCCAGGUCGCGCAGGCGAUCCUCGACCUCGAGAACAACGUCGCCGACUUGAAGGCCGAGUUGCGACCUCUGCAAAUCUCGGCCGCUCGCGAGGUUGAUGUCAAGGGUGGCAAGAAGGCCGUCGUCAUCUUCGUCCCCAUGACCCAGUUGAAGGCCUUCCACAAGGUCCAGGGCCGGUGAGUCUUCUUUCCGGGACCUCAAUCUGACUGCCCGCUGUCUGGCCUGGGGCUGAUCAACUCCCCCCACUCUCUCCAGACUCACCCGUGAGCUCGAAAAGAAGUUCUCGGACCGCCACGUCGUCUUCAUCGGCCAGCGCCGCAUGAUGCGCAAGCCCGCCCGAGGCUCCCGCCAAAAGCAGAUGCGCCCUCGAUCGCGCACCCUGAAGGAAGUCCACGAGCACAUCCUCGAGGACCUCGUCUACCCUACCGAGCUCGUUGGCAAGCGCACCCGACAGAAUGUCGAUGGCUCCAAGUUGAUCAAGGUCUUCCUCGAUGCCAAGGGUACGUUCUGCUCCUCUUGCCGAGGCUGAGAUUGUGUUUCGAGGAUCUUCGUGGCUGACUGGGCCUUCGUCCGCCACACACCAUAGACUCGAACGCUCUGGACUACAAGCUCGACACCUUCUCGUCCGUCUACCGCAAGUUGACCGGCAAGGAGGUUCACUUCUCGUUCCCCGCUGUCGCCUCCGAGGCUUAA